AUGAAAAAGAAGAGACAAAAGAGAAGAGACAAAAGAUGGAGUGGAGACACAAGAGACACAGAAGCAGAGCUGCAUGAAAUGGAAGUGGCAGUGAAGACAAAAACUCACAUCUUGGAUCAAGUGAUGGAUUUCGGUAACAUGAGUGAAGGGCUUGCGCUAGAACUGAACGGGUCCUUGGAACAGCCCUCUGUGAAACCCCUUCUGGGCAUUGGCUUAGACAAUAUUAUCGUCUUGGUGGUAUUCGGUAUCAUCUUCGCCCUGGGGGUCCUGGGAAACUCAUUGGUCAUCACUGUACUGGCUAGAAACAAGCCGGGGAAGCCCCGCAGCACCACCAACAUAUUCAUCCUAAACCUGAGCAUCGCUGACCUGGCUUACCUCCUGUUCUGCAUCCCUUUCCAGUCCACCGUCUAUGUGCUGCCAACUUGGGUUCUUGGUGCCUUCAUAUGCAAGUUCAUUCAUUACUUCUUCACAUUGUCCAUGCUGGUGAGCAUCUUCACCCUAUCUGCCAUGUCUGUAGAUCGUUAUGUGGCCAUAGUGCAUUCCAGGAGGUCAUCCUCUAUCCGUGUGCCCAGGAAUGCAAUGUUAGGAGUUAUCCUCAUCUGGAUCCUCUCUAUUGCCAUGGCAUCUCCUGUAGCCUACAAUCAAGCACUGAUUCACAGGGGCAGCAACCAGACCUUCUGUUGGGAAUACUGGCCGGAUCUGAAGCACAAGAGGAUUUACGUGGUGUGCUCCUUUGUAUUUGGAUACCUGUUUCCCCUGCUUCUCAUAUCCUUCUGUUAUGCCAAGGUUCUUAACCACCUGCAUAAAAAGUUAAGGAACAUGUCAAAGAAAUCAGAAGCUUCAAAGAAAAAGACCGCCCAGACUGUUCUGGUAGUUGUGGUGGUGUUUGGAAUAUCAUGGCUUCCACAUCAUGUGAUCAGUCUGUGGGUGGAGUUCGGAAUCUUCCCUCUCACGCAAGCUACGUUUGUCUUCAGAAUCACCGCACAUUGCCUGGCGUACAGCAACUCCUCGGUGAAUCCUAUCAUCUACGCUUUCCUUUCUGAAAACUUUCGAAAGGCGUACAAGCAAGUAUUUAAGUGUCAGAUUGGCUGUGACUCGAUGCAGAGUGGCGUUAAAGAAAUUAAGAGUAAAAUGGAAACUCCACCGUCUACGAACUGCACUCAUGUGUAAACAAGCAAAAAUGAUCGCUAUAACAAGAUGGCUUACUUCAGUCGCAAGAUUAAAAAAGCACAAUGUUACUUGGCUCAAAUUGCAGAUUUUCUGUCUAGUGUAAUUGUAGCUAUUGUCUGCUUCAGUUAGCUUUUAACAUCUGAGCUGCUGCUACUGUAUGCAAGUUUAAAAAAAUACAGAUUGUAAAAAAAUGC